AUGGAAAAUAGUGAUUCCAACAAUACGCUGAGACAAUUUCAAAUCCUGCAAGAAACGCAAGGUCAAAUCGAGGUUUUAAAUAAUCAAAUAGUUAAGAUAAACAAGCACAUAAACAACCAGAAGAUAAAAAAUAAAAAGGCACAAGUAGCUCUCGAAUCGCUUGACAGUGUUGACGAGAGUAAAAAGGUAUAUAAGCAAGUUUCAAGACUGUAA